AAACGCGGUAGCAGUACCAGCAGCAGCAGCACCCCCUCGCGUCAUCCCCGUUGUGGUAUUGGACUCUGAUGACGACUCACAGAAUGAGGUGAUACCGAGCUCGUUGGACUCAGCAGCGAUAUUUACACCGAUACGAGAAGAAGAAAGGGAAAGCGAAGCGGUGGAAGAGGACCCUUUCGAAAGAAUGGUGGCAGAGCGGGAGGAACAGGCAAUGCGGAGAUAUUUUGAAGAGAGAGAAGAACGGGAGAUGGAGGAAGAAGUGGAAGAUGAAGAUGGGGGUGAGGAGAAGGAGGAGGAGAAGGAAGAAGAUAACGAGGAUGAUGAUAACGAGGAUGAUGAUAACGAGAAUGAUGAUAACGAGGAUGAUGAUAAUGACGAUGAGUCUGAGGAGGAGGAAGAGGAGGAAGAGGAGGAGGAACAGCAGGAGGAGGAGGAGGAGGAGGAGGAAGAGGACGAGGACGAGGAAAAUGAAGAGACGGAGGAAGGAGAAAACGAAGAAGAGGAAGAGAGUGAAGGAAAUGAAGAGGAGAGAGAGGAGGAAGAAAUAGAAAUACCGACCACACUUGAUUCAGAAGUGUUAUUUUCACAAAGUAAGUUUUUGUAAUGAGUUUUUACAAUUAAGAUAAAAUUGUAGGUAAAAUAUAAUAAAUUUCAGAAAAAUAUAAUAUUAUGUUAUUUGUUAGUAGGAGAAAUCGAGGCAGUGAACUUGUCAAAUAUAAAAGAAGAAGGGGCAAAUGAAGAGGAGGGAGAAAAUAUGUUAGAAGAGGAGGAAGAAGAAGUGAUAGAGAGAGAAGAGGAAGGAGGCGCCGUCGGCGUAGAAGCUAUAGGUAAUAUUUUAGUAUAAUAUAUUAUUUUAAAAUAUAGAAUUAAAUAUAAUUUUAAAAAUAUAAUUUUAAUUUAAUAGAAAUCACUCUCUCCCAAAUCCGUGAAUUUAUUUGGGAACACGGAAUGGAGGUACCGGAGAUCCUUGUUUAAUUAGGUUCAGGGAACUACGACAUCACACACACACACACACACACACAAACACACACACACACUCACUCACAUUGUAGAGAUUAUUUCCAUCACAUAAAAAUUCAUUUAAUAAUAUUAUACAAUUAAUAAAAAAAAAUAAAAAAUUAAAAAAAA